AUGCCUGUGUCCACAAGCAACCAAGUGACCCUUGAAAAGUCCCCCUUUUACAUAAGCGACCCUGAAGCUUUGUACCGGAUUCGAGCCAUGAACAGCUCCAUCAUGGUUAUGGUCAUCGUGAGAGAGCCCAUCACAAGGCUUCUAUCGGCAUACAGUCAUUAUUUAUCGGUUUCCAGAGUUUUUGGCAAAGAUGUAGACAGCUUUGAAAAACAUUACAUCCCUGGCGGCAAGAUUAGUGAACACAACGUCUUGAAGUGGGGUAACUAUGCAGACAGAAUGGAAUACGUGUACAGCGUUUUCUCAAAUAAUAACCACGCCUUUUCUUUUCUCUCUGUUGUAAUCAGAAAACAAGUCCUGCUCCUUGACGGAGAUAAAUUUGUCUCCGACCCUCUGUCGCAGCUGCGAAGAGUAGAGCGCUUUCUGGGAAUUCGCCAGUACUUCUCGGAGGAAGACGUCUACUUCGACAAGAGAAAGGGUUUUUACUGCUACAAGUUGAGAGACAACAGCGACACAAAGUGCAUGGACGGUAGCAAAGGGAGGCACCACGUGGAAGUGGAUCCAGACGUAAAAGAGAAACUACUAAACUUCCUGAAGCCCUACACAAACCGGUUUUUGGAGCUUACCGGAGAAAAGUUUGACUGGGACGUAUAA